AUGGACAUUAAGGGCACCAUUGUGGAUUGCAAGCGCAGCGGCACAGAGGAGGUCAUUUUCCGCUUCCUAAUCCUUGACGCCCCGAGCCCAAGCAGCUUGCCCACCUACGUGAAGCUCCUGCAGCGACAAAAUGUGCACCAUCUCGUGCGCGCCUGCGGCCCCACCUACAACGCCGAGCUAGUGGAAAAGAAUGGCAUCCAGGUGCAUGGGUGGACCUUCGACGAUGGCGCGCCGCCAACGCGGGCUGUGAUGGACCGGUGGCUGGACUUGCUAUCUCAGGAGGUCGGCAAGACGCCACCGGAGACUAUCGCGGUCCACUGCGUGGCGGGUCUAGGGCGGGCACCGAUUUUAGUAGCGUUGGCACUGGUGGAGUAUGGUAACAUGGCUCCGCUGGAUGCCGUUGGCUAUGUUCGCGAGCGGCGGAAGGGUGCCAUCAACCAGGUGCAGCUGAAUUGGCUUAUGCGGUACAAGCCGCGCCAUCACCAAGCGAGUGAUCGUUCGCUUGUCUGCACCAACUGCGCUGUGAUGUGA